AUGGCUUCCAGCAGUGACUCCAGCAAUGAAAGCACGCCCCUCCUGCACCCACGGCGCUCACCACAUCCCCAACACGCCCAAGACGAAGAAGCACAUUCAAUCCUCUCCUCCACCCUCACAAAAGACGAACAACAUCUCUCUGGCAGCACAAUCGGUGAACGUCUUCGCUACAACGACUACACUACCAUCGACUGGCUGCACGACUUGGUCAAGGAUUCCUACCGCUUCCGUGCCAUUCAGGCCCGGCGUGGCAUCCGCUUUACACUCGUCGCCCUCUUCGACGCAUGUUCGGGCUGGCUUGCGGUUGUGCUGAUUGGUGCGUUGACGGCGUGCGUAGCGUUUGUAGUGGAUGUGGCAGUUGCGACGGUGUCGGAUUGGAAGGGUGGGUAUUGUAUUGGACAUCCGUUGCGCAAUCGUGAAGCGUGUUGUGCGCAUGAGGUCGAGCCUUUUGCGUGGUGGAGAAGGGGUGGGCGUAUAGAUGGGGUAUUGGGGCGAGGUGUGGAUGGUGGUGAGAUGGGGCAGUGGAAGUGUAGAGGGUGGCGUGUCUGGACGGAGGAUCCUAAGGCGAGUUUUGCGAUUUAUGUGGCUAUGGCGUUGGUGUUUGGUAUUGUGAGUUCGAGCGUGACUAUGUUGACGAGGAGUGUAAUGCCCUCUGUUGGAUCGGGAUCGGGGGGCUCUUCUGCGUCGAUGAAGAAGUUGAACGGGCAGACCAGCCAUGAGAUCAACCGUGGGGGAAAGGCCAUGUACAUGGCCGCCGGCUCCGGCAUCCCCGAAAUCAAGACUAUCCUUUCUGGCUUUACAAUCCCCUCCUUCCUCUCCCUCCCCGUCCUUCUCAUCAAAGCCUUUGGCGCAAUAUUUGCCGUCAGCACUGGCAUGUGUCUCGGCAAAGAAGGUCCCUUCGUCCACAUCUCCACCUGCGUCGGCUACCUCGUCGGCUCACUGUUCCCCAAAUACCGCAACAACGGCCGCAAAAUGCGUGAGCUGCUCAGCGCUGCAUGUUCGAGCGGUCUAUCCGUAGCCUUUGGCGCCCCGAUUGGCGGUGUCCUCUUCAGUUAUGAGGAGAUCAGUACCUAUUUCCCGCGUAAAGUGCUGUGGAGGGCGUUUUUGUGCAGUUUGGUGGCAGCCAUGGUGCUAAAGGAGUUGAAUCCCAUGGGCACGGGGAAAUUGGUGCUCUUUGAAACAAACUACGGAACCGAGUAUAGUGCUGUGCACUAUUUGGUGUUUGUUCUUCUCGGAGUCGCGGGAGGUGUGUUUGGGGGACUGUUUUGCAAGUUGAACUUUUUGUGGUCAAAGUGGUUUCGCUCGUUUGAGGUUAUCAAGCGGAAUCCAGUUCUCGAGGUGGCACUGGUGGUGCUUUCGACGGCACUUGUUCAGUUUCCGAAUCCAUUGACACGGGAGCCAGGGGAUGUCAUUAUCAAGAACUUGCUAGUGGAUUGCGAUGGUAUUUCGCAGGAGUCGUGGGUCUGUCGAAAGGAGGGAUCCACAGUGACAAAUUGGCCUUACACUGGAUGGCUCAUCUAUGGCACUUUGGCCAAACUUGUCCUGACCAUUAUCACGUUUGGUAUAAAGGUACCUUCUGGUGUCAUUAUCCCCGCUCUUGACGCCGGCGCCUUCUUCGGUCGUUUGAUAGGUCAACUGAUUCCUUCUAUUAGCCCGGGCAUCUUCGCCAUGGUCGGCGCUGCAGCUUUCCUCGCAGGUGUGUCGCGUAUGACCAUAUCGCUCGCAGUCAUCAUGUUCGAACUCACCGGCCAACUCUCCUACGUGGUCCCGCAUAUGCUCGCCAUCCUGGUUGCAAAGUGGGUCGCCGAUGCCAUUUCAUCAGAAGGAGUUUACGACCUCGCGCAGAACGUUCUGGGUCAUCCUUUUCUCGAUCCCGACGUGGCGAUUGAGAUUGUGAGAAAGAGGAAAAUGUCUGUUGAUGUGCUCAUCCCGCCGAAGCGAACAAUGGAGGAAAUCACUGUACAUGUUCCCGAGACGGGCACGGUUCCGUACGCUUUGAUGAAGGAGAAAUUGGGGUAUCUAAGGAACAGAGGCUUGAUGGAUGCUGGUCUCGUCCUCGUGCAGAGUCAUGGCUCAUCUGGCAUCCCCAUCUUGCAAGGCUACAUUUCGCAAUCCGAGCUCGACUUUGGUCUCACCAAACUUGUCCCUAGCGCCAUUCCCAGCGAACCGUAUUUCCAGGUCCGCCUUCUGAGCCAUGAGACACAUAACCUGGCAUCGCCCGAAGGUGUAGAACUCGACCUCACGCCCUUUGUAGACAGGACGCCGCUAAGUAUAUGCGCGAAGGCGCCGUUGGAAUACGCGGUGGAGAUGUUUUCAAAGCUAGGAUUGCGGUAUUUGUGUGUUACAGAGGAGGGGACGGGAGCUUUAGUGGGUGUUAUUAUCAAAAAGAGACUGGUUGGAUUUCUCGAGCAAUUGAAGGAGGGAAUGAGUGAGGGUUGA